AUAUUCAUCAUCAUCUCAAAAUUUAAAAUCACUAUGGCCGAAUUAGCUCCUCCUGUUCUUCCUGACCACGUCAAGAAACCUAACAAAGAAGAACAUAAAAAAACUAUAGAAGCUAUUAAUGCUAAUAUUGAAAGAAUUCAAAAGCAAUAUAAUGUUAUGAAAGAAAAGAUUGCUAAAUUACCUCCAAAGCAAGAUAAUACACGUCGUGAAGAAAUCCUCAAUGAAUUAGCCGAGAUUCGUGAUAAACAAGCUGAAUUAAAGAAAACUCGUAAAGCAGUUCAUGAUCAGUUAGAUGCUAUUAAUGAAUCUAUUAGAAAGAAGGUCAGUUCUAUCAAGGGCUUCCAAUCCAGAAUUCCUUACAAAACAACAGAAGAAGUUGAUAUCCGUAUUGCUGAACUUGAACGCAAGAUAGAAGCAGGUGUAAGAAUUGUUGAAGAAAAAAAGAUGCUUCAAGAAAUUACUUUGUUAAAGCGUAACCGUCUUUCUGUUGAAGACGUCGAUGCUCAACAAACUGCUAUUGACAGAGAAAGAGAAAUUUACAACGAAUUAAAAAAGAAUAUUGAUGAAUCUGAAGCUAAGAGAUUGAGUGAUCGUUAUGAGCAAUUGGAUGCUGAGUUUAAAAAACUCAAUAUUGAACAAAACAAACAACGUGAAGCUCGUAAUAAACUUUACGAAGAACGUAACCAGUUUAAGAAGCAAUUGGAUGAUGAAUACAACAAAUUGCGUUCGACACGUGAUGAAUAUCGUAAGAAUAAUAAUGAAUAUUUUGAUUUCCUCAACAAAUUGAAGGAAUACAAAAGAGAACAGGAGCAACUUCGUAAGCAACAAGAAGAAAUGGAGAAGCGUCAAGAGGCUCUUAAGCAAGAACUUGAAUUGGCUUCCUUGCCUGCCUUUGAAAGUGAAAUUGCUCUUUGUGAUAAUCUUGCCAUCUUCUUGGAAGGUUUCCUUAUCUCUGACAAUAAAUCAAAUGCUAACUCAGAUGAGGCUCAUCCUAACGUUACUGAUAAUGCCUUUGAAGGUAUGGUAAUUAAGAAGCGUGAUGAUGAAAACUUCUUUGUUGGAAAGCCUAUCAAAAAGAAGCAACAAAAGAAUAAAGAGACAAAGGAGAAGAAGGAUGAUUCACUCAAGAUUCCUCUUGCUACUAUGGAAGCCUUUUUUGAUAUCAAAGUCACUGUACCUACCAAGGUUUCUGAAAUCCCUGCCACUCUUAAGAAACUUAAGGAACGCAAGGCUUACUAUAUUGCUGAGCAACCUAAGAUCACUGAGUUAAACAAGAAGAAGGCAAUUGAAAGAAUUGCAGCUAUUGAAAAGGAAGAAGAAGAAAAAAAGAAGGCUGAAGCUGAAGCUAAAGAAGCUGCUGUUGCAAAGGAAGAAGAAAAUAAAGAAGAAUAAAAUCGACCUUAGAAAGAAUUUCCUUUAUCUAUAUAUGCUUUAAUAUAUACAUAAUUCAUCUUUACAUAAUACUAACUAUUUUUUUUUUUUUUUGAAAGAGG